ACCGGUUAUCCUGCGGAAGGAGGGGACGGACACCUCACAGGGGAUCCCCCAGCUCGUCAGUAACAUCAAUGCCUGCCAGGUUAUUGCGGAAGCCGUGCGCACUACCCUGGGACCUCGGGGCAUGGACAAGCUCAUUGUGGAUGACCGGGGCAAAGCCACUAUCUCCAACGAUGGUGCCACCAUCCUGAAGCUCCUCGACGUUGUCCAUCCGGCGGCGAAGACGUUAGUGGACAUCGCCAAAUCUCAAGAUGCAGAGGUUGGCGAUGGUACCACAUCGGUAACUCUGCUUGCUGCUGAAUUCCUGAAACAAGUGAAACCCUACGUGGAGGAAGGCCUCCAUCCUCAAAUCAUCAUCCGUGCCUUCCGCACAGCAACGCAGUUGGCUGUAAACAAGAUCAAAGACAUUGCUGUUGCAGUGAAGAAGGAAGAUAAAGAUGAGCUGAGAAGCCUGCUGGAGAAGUGUGCAGCCACAGCCCUGAGCUCUAAACUGAUCUCCCAGAGCAAGGAGUUUUUUUCCAAGAUGGUCGUAGAUGCUGUCAUGAUGUUAGACGACUUGUUACAACUCAAAAUGAUUGGAAUAAAGAAGGUGCAAGGAGGUGCUCUGGAAGACUCUCAGCUGGUGGCCGGAGUUGCCUUUAAGAAGACAUUCUCUUAUGCUGGGUUUGAAAUGCAGCCCAAGAAGUACCAGUCACCCAAGAUCGCCUUGUUGAACGUGGAGCUGGAGCUCAAAGCCGAGAAGGACAACGCUGAAGUCCGAGUAAACACAGUGGAGGAUUACCAGGCCAUUGUGGAUGCUGAGUGGAACAUCUUGUAUGACAAACUAGACAAAAUCCACAAGUCAGGAGCCAAAGUCGUCCUGUCCAAACUUCCUAUCGGUGAUGUGGCAACUCAGUACUUUGCGGAUAGAGACAUGUUUUGUGCCGGCCGUGUCCCGGAAGAGGAUCUCAAGCGGACUAUGAUGGCCUGCGGCGGUUCUAUUCAGACCAGUGUCAACGCCCUGUCAGAUGAUGUUCUGGGCAGAUGCGAGGUCUUUGAGGAGACUCAGAUUGGAGGAGAGAGAUAUAACUUCUUCACAGGCUGCCCGAAGGCAAAGACUUGCACGAUAAUCCUGCGAGGGGGGGCAGAGCAGUUCAUGGAGGAGACGGAACGGUCCCUGCACGAUGCCAUCAUGAUAGUCAGGAGAGCAAUCAAGAACGACUCUGUUGUAGCCGGCGGUGGUGCGAUAGAGAUGGAGCUUUCCAAAUACCUCCGGGACUAUUCCAGGACCAUUCCAGGCAAGCAGCAGCUGCUGAUAGGUGCUUACGCUAAAGCCCUCGAGAUCAUUCCCCGCCAGCUCUGCGACAACGCUGGCUUUGAUGCCACCAACAUCCUGAACAAGCUCCGAGCCAAGCAUGCGCAGGAAAUGGAGCUGAAACCCUAUGACAGAGGUGGUGAAUCCUACGCCACGGGCAGCGUCGCCUGA